UGUGAGAAUCUUCUCAAAGAGCCUAAAACCCUUCCGGCCUAUCUGCUUUAUCUUCUCCCUCCAUUUCCACUGUACCAUACAAUGGCUACCACCAACCUGAGAACGCCGGUCACCACCUUAAGGUCGCCGUCAACCACCGUUAGCGCCACCGCUUACUCCUCUGUCAAACCUAAUUGUAUCACUUUCUUAUCUUACUCGCGCUGUGGACGGAGACAGACUCCACUACUCCCCAGACGGUGUCGUAUUCACCACUCAGCUAACUCAAUUGUGCAAUUGCAGCAUCGGUCGGUUGAGAAAUUUGUUAUCUUUGCUUCAAAUGAGGAUGUUGCUGAGGCUGCUGAAACGGAGACUCAGGAACCGGAGCAGGUAGAAGAGUCCGAGCAGGAGGAGAAUUUAGAUGGUGCUGCUUCCGAGGAAGCUUCGGAUGAGGAUGACAAUGCAGCUGCAGAGGAAACUUUAUCAGUCGUUGCAACUUCAUUGCAGCUGUACAGAGAUGCUUUAGCAAAUAAUGACGAUUCAAAAGUUGCAGAGAUAGAAAUUUCCCUCAAGUCCAUAGAAGAUGAGAAAAUUGAACUUCAGACAAAAGUAGCCUCAUUGACUGAAGAAUUGUCAAGUGAGAGGGACCGGGUUCUUAGAAUCAGUGCCGACUUCGACAACUUCCGUAAGAGAACAGAUAGAGAAAGAGCUUCUCUUGUGACAAAUGCGCAAGGGGAAGUUGUUGAGAAACUUUUGUCUGUUAUGGACAAUUUUGAGAGAGCGAAAUCGCAAAUCAAGGUGGCAACAGAGGGAGAGGAAAAAAUUAAUAAUAGUUAUCAGAGCAUUUCUAAACAAUUUAUGGAAAUCCUUGGAUCUCUUGGUGUUGAGCCUGUGGAGACAGUUGGGAAGCCAUUCGACCCAUUGCUGCAUGAAGCUAUAAUGCGCGAGGAUUCCUCAGAAUUUGAAGAAGGUGUUGUACUUGAAGAAUAUCGCAAAGGUUUCAGACUUGGAGACAGACUCUUACGUCCUUCCAUGGUGAAGGUGUCUGCUGGCCCAGGGCCGGCAAAGCCAGAGACAACUGAGCCUAAAGAAGAGGAACAAAACGAAACCGAUGAGAAGAGUGAGGAAGGUACUGCUGAAACACCAGGUGAUGAAGGGACAGGUGAGGGAGGUAACUAAUUAUCAGGUGAGGGAUGUAACCCAUGAUUUCCCUUAUGUACAAGCAAACAUCAGAACGUAUUUUCGCGCUGAUUAAGAUUGGGCUAGGUUUUGCUGGUAUACAUCAAUUGUUGUUUGUUUGAGAGGACAUCAUUUUAGGUCAGUUGUCUUAAGAGUGCUGUCUUAAACAUUAUUUUUUUAGGCUUCGGAGAGGGAUGAUCCAUAUAGCUGGCAUCAACUAGCUUGGGAUCGAGGCGUAGUUGUUGUAAUAUUCUGGAAACAAG